AUGAGGACUUUUGAAUACUUUGAGCUCGGCAUGAUCGAUGAGGUCGACCACAAGGACGAUGUCGGCGGGGAGGAUGAGUUCCCCAAAUUACAUUUCAACUACACUUCAACCACUUCAAUGGCGUCGCGGGAUGAUCCUGCAGCGCCAAAAACGGAAGGUCCGUCAUCGCCCAUCCUCGCCAUCGACGGCUUCGAGCUCGCGCGCGGCUGCAGCGCGGGCCACCUCGUCGCGCGCCCGGGCCUGGCCAGGCGCGGCGCUCUCCUGGCAAGCAUCUGUGAGGCGCUCCAAAAGAGCGGCAUCAGCGCCCGCCUCUUCUACAUCGCCCCCUCGGACCAGGAACGGCAGAUCGCAGAGCUGUUCUUCCAGUCGCCACAGCUAAUACCGCUCUGCAGCAACCCUGACCGGGAAGAGGGAGUCGUGAUCUGGUCGUACCGCGACCUGUACCGCAACCUCGCGCUCGUGGGCAAGCCACACUGCUUCCGCGCCGCGUGUCUGUUCGUGCUCGAGGCGAGCGUUGUCGGUAGGGACAUCUGGGAUGAGCUGGCCACAGGCGCGUUGCUGGCGUGGAUGCGGGACGAGAGCGUGGCGCGUGGCGAUGACGAGACUAAUGUCCUCGGUAUGUUGGCCGUCUCGGGCCACGUUCUUGCCGAGGAGUGGUAUGCCGUGGCUGGCGAGAUUCUCGGUAAGCAGGUUACGCGGUGUUCUCGGAUCGAGUCGGAGAUCGAGUAUCCUACUAGACAGCGUGUCUGUAGGCGGUUGCUGGAUCAGAUGGAUACACGCGGCGCGCGUCUUGCCAGCGAAGUCAGGCAGUGUUUCGACGGCGCAUCCUACGGAAUUCAAGAGCGGGAAGACGUAGAUCGGGCGACACUCCCACCUGCACAGCGGCAGCCCAGGUUCGUCGUCUGCGUGUCGGACGAAAGCGACUUUGCCAGAUCCCAAAACGGCCUCCUUGGCAACGUCCGCGCGCUGUACGUCCCAGCGCAGGGCCUCAGCGACAGCGACCUGCACAGACUCCAGCGGUUCUGCAACGAAGAACCCGGCCCCAAGCUCCUCGGCGUCGACCCGCGGCUGACGUUGCUGUUCCCGCUCAGCAGGGUGUCCGCCGUCGUGGUCGCCGACACGUUCAGGAAGACAACUUUCGUCCCCGCCCUCAGCCUGCCCGCGCGCACCAGGGUCGUGCGCACCAUGGCCCAGAUGCGCCACGCCGAGGCGUUUGCCGAGCCUGCGGCCUGGGCAGACACAAAUGGCGUCGCGCCGGUCAAGAUUUGUUAUCUGGGCGACGGUGUCGUGGUAGAGGACGACGCUGUCCCGGAUAACAUCCGCGAGUCGCAGGGCGCGCGAAUUACGGAGUGGCUGUGGUGGACGCAGCGGCCGCUGCCGUCAACCGGCAGGCCGCCCCACGCGCACGCUGUCGAGCCGUCGUGCGAUCCGCGGGUCGAGAGCGAGGUGCUGAGACGGCUGGAAGUGGUGGAUGUUGUUUCGCCUCGGCGGCAUGACGCGGCGGCCCAGGCAGCAACGGACGCCCUUAUGGCCCGCUUGAUGACAGAGCUGGGCGAUUUUCAGCUGGCGUCUUUUCUGUUGCCCUGCGCCAGGGAUGCUGUGAUGCCAGCCAUGUCUCGCCGCGUCACACAGGUGCUUGUUGAGAUGGCUGCUGCGUAUCUCACCUGGCGAGAAAAGGCUUUUGUCGUCUCGUUUCCCGGCAUUUGGGACAAGAACGAUCCGGCAUUGGACGUGGAGACGGAAGACACCGUCGAAGAGCCCAGCGGCGCGGCACCUCUCCACCCCUCACAGGCCGAGAUGUUAGACCAGGCCAGCAGAUGCGCCGCCAUAGCGAUAGCCAGGUUGAACUGCAAGUUCGGCGGCGUCGCCCCCCAGAAUAAGAAGACUGGCAGAGACGACCUGCGGAUGAUGUCCAACUGGGCGAGCGAGUGCGGCGGCAUUGCCCGAACCAACGCCGGCAAGGGCGGCCUGUGGCUGCUGGUCGGCCUCAAUCGCGGGCCCGUCGUCGAGGCCCUCGUCGGCGAGGCCGUCGACAAGCAGGUCCCAGCCAUGGGCAACACGCUGCGCCUCGACCUGGGCGGCUUCCGGCGGAUGCGUCAGGCCGCAGCCAGGCUCUGCCGCGCCCUGGAUAUGCAUCCGCGAGACAUCCUAGACACGGAGACGACGACGGACAGCUUGCCUCUGAGGCCCGGCGAGGCCGCGACGAUCGACGCCCACUUGCUGUGCUCGUUCCUGUUCGACCUCGUGCUCGUGCCCAGUCCGCACAAUGCGCCGAGCCCGCGCCGCGGUUCGAGUCCGCACUGGUUUGUUAAGAAUCCGGUUCAGCGUCAGCGGUUUGGCGCCACGGAGAAGGGGCUUCGCGCCUUUGUCAUGUCGUCGCGAUAUCCCGUUAGCUGUCCCGGCCGGUAUCACACUAUCAGCAAACCGCGCUGGAUUGCGACGUUUGACCCAGACUACGAUUUCCACUGGGGCACUGCGCGCCGGGGGGCCGGGUUCUUUGCCCUGCCGCUGGGCAUGGCAUUUGGGUCAAGGAUGGGGCAGGCGUUUGUUGAGGGCGCGACGAUGGCUUCGGCGGCUGCUCUGCGAAAAGUUGAGUGGCAGCUCGACACGGCUCGACGCGGCACCGGGCGCCAGUUCAGCGGCGAGUUCAUGAGGCUGCAGUCCCGCGACAAGUUCUACCUCGAGAGCCCGACCAUGAUGUGGGUGCUUACCGUCGCCUCGCUGGACGACAGGUCCGACGAGACCACUGUGCGCGUGCCGGUCUUUUUGGAUGGCGCCGGCUCGUCAGAACGAGUGAAGGAGGCAGCGUCACAGAAACGGUACCGCUCCGCAAACGCCUAUUAA